GAAAAAUUCGACAGAACAAGCCUUCCGUCUAAAAAGGAUUUCUAUUCACUUCUUAGUCAACAAAAUAUUAGUAAAAAAGAUUAUGAACAUGUACAAAAGGUAUGGCAAAUAUUUGAGAUAAAGAACUUUGGAGAAUAUCAUGACCUUUAUCUUGAGACUAAUGUACUUUUACUUGCGGAUGUUUUUAUGAAUUAUACCAUAAUGUGUCUCAAAGACAUUGGUCUAGAUCCAUCUUACUACGUCUCUGUACCUGGAAUGUUUAAUGAUUCUCUAUACAAAAGUAGCGGGGUAGAACUUAAGCUCAUGACAGAUAUGGAUGAGUAUCUGAUAGUUGAAAAUGGAAUCCAUGGAGGAAUGACAAUGGCAAGUUAUCAAUAUGCUAAAGCAAAUAAUCCACAAUGUCCAGACUAUGAGUCCAGCAAGCCGAAGUCCUAG